AUGGGGAGGAUGCAACCCGGGGACAUGGACAUGAUUCUAUGCCUGCUGUUCCUGACCUUUCCCCUCCUGGGGAGUUCAGUCCCUCUGAUUCAAGACAGGGAGCAAGUUGGCGUUGUUGGAGGCCAGGAGGCUGCGAAGGGGGAAUGGCUUUGGCAGGUCAGCCUCAGGUUUGAGGCACGAUACUGGGUACACAUUUGUGGUGGCUCCCUCAUCCAUCCCCAGUGGGUACUGACUGCUGCCCACUGCAUUGGCACGUUCCCCGUGGAGCCUUCAUGGUACAUGAUCCAACUGAGGGAACAGCACCUGUACUAUGAAGACAAGCUCCUGCCCCUGACGAAGAUCAUUAUUUUCCCCAACUACACUGCUGCUGCAAGGGGUGGGGAUGUUGCUCUGCUAAAACUGAAGAACCCUGUGGAGCUGUCCAGUCAUAUCAAGCUCAUUAGCCUUCCUACCGCCAAGGAGACCUUUCCCUUGGAUUCGGAAUGUUGGGUGACUGGCUGGGGGGAUCUUAAUUCUGGAGUGAGCUUGCCCCCUCCCUACACCCUGAGGCAGGUACAAGUACCUUUGUUGGAUACACAGAAAUGUGAUGAAGAGUAUCAUAAUGGAGCAUACACCAGCUCAUCUGUGAGGAUAAUUAUGGAUGACAUGCUUUGUGCUGGCAAAGCCGGUGUAGACUCCUGUCAGGGUGACUCUGGGGGGCCCCUGGUCUGCAAAGUUGGGGACUCCUGGAAGCAGGCUGGCGUGGUGAGUUGGGGAGUAGGCUGUGGCCUUCCCCACAGGCCUGGCAUCUAUACUCGAGUCACAAGCUAUGUGGAUUGGAUCAACGAGCACAUUUCCCCACGCUCCUCUACAAACCCAGUUAGCAUCUAA